CCUUCUGUGACCUCAAGGCCAGGGUGGAAUUGUUUUUGGAGCUGGAUCUGCCUUCUUCGGAAGGGAGCUCAUCCUGCCCAGCUGCUCUGCCCAAGGGCUGUGACACAGUCCCAGCUCAGCUGAUCUCACUGGUUGGGGCAUGAAGAGAUGCAGAGCAGCCCUGCUGAGAAGGACUUGGUGUUGCAGCCAGAUGAGAGGCUGGACAUGAGCCAGCCAUGUGCAUCCAAAGGAGAGUGCCCAGCAGGUUGAAGGAGGUGAUUCCCCACCUCUGCUCAGCUGAACCUGCUGAUGAAGGUGGUGCAGCUUCCCAAGCCACGUCCAGGACUGAGGCUCUGGGAGAUGCUGAGGGUGUGUCUGCAGGGAGGACUUCUCCAGCUCCUUUGCUGAUUCCUACACAGAAGCCUGGCAACCAUCGCAGGGGUCCUCCGAGGGGGAAGGACCAAGCUACAGGACACCAGAAACCCCAUGAUGCAUCCGAAAACAUGAGGCAAAUGCUGAAGGAAAUGCAGCAGGCAGGAGAAGAAGUGGAUGCAGAGGCUGGGCAUAAGGCGGCGUUUCCCAGAGGAAGCAGUGGUUCCGUGCCAGCCUCUGCUGCAGGAAGAGAGGCGAUGCCAGGCACAGGCACAGGAGAUGAGGGUGCUGGGAAGGCUUCUCCAUCAGCUUGGAGGAAGAAAGUUUUGAAGCCCUUGGAGCCUCCUGCAGAUGUGUCUACAGGGAGGACUUCUCCAGCUUCUCCAGCUCCUACCUUGGAUGCUAUACGCAAGCCCAGCUCCCAUCACAGUGGUACUCCAACAGGGAAAGUCCAAGAUAGAACAGAUAAGAUGUCCCUGCAACCAUCCAAACAGAUGAGGCAAGAGCUGAAGGAACCCCUGCAGACAAGGCAAGAGAUGGGCAUAGUGCUUCAGUGGAAGGUGGCAUUUCUUGAAGGAAGCACUCCAUCUUCGGUGCCAGCCACUGCUGCAGGAAGGAAGGCGAUGGCAGACACGGGCACAGGCACAGCAGACUGGGAUGCUGGGACAGUUCCUCGGUUAGCCUGGCACUCUGAAGUUGUGAUGCCCUCUGAGCAUUCUGCAGGCGUGUCUGCAGGGACGACCUCACCAACUCCUACCUUGGAUACUGCACAAAAGCCCAGCUCCCAUCACAGGGGUCCUCUGACAGGAGAGACCAAAGACAUGGCAGGCAAGAAAUUCCAGGACCCAUUAGAAAUCAUGUGGCAAAUGCUGAAGGAAUGUCUACAGAGGAGGCAAGAAAUGAAAGGAGAGCCUGUGCAGAAGGAAGCAUUUCGUGGAGGAAGCAGUGGUUCCGUGGCAGCCUCUGCUCCAGGAAGAGAGGCCAUGCCAGGCACAGGCCCAGGAGCUGAACCUGCCGGUGAAGACCCCACAUCCAGGACUGAGGCUCUGGGAGAUGCUGAGGGUGUGUCUGCAGGGAGGACUUCUCAGGCUCCAGGGCUGGAUGCUUGGCCCCAACCCAGCUCCCAUGGCAGGGGUCCUCCAAAAGGAAAGACCCAAGAUACUGCAGCCAAAACAUCUCAUGAGGCAGAUGAAUUCCUGAGACAAACACAGAAGCAAGCACCCCGAGGACAAGGCUGUUCAGGAGGAGGGACACUCAGGGAGAAGCAGUGGCUCAUUGGCAGCCCUAGCUGCAGGAAGGAAGGUGAUGGCAGAGACGGGCACAGGCACAGCAGAUGCAGCCGGCAUCACAAGACCUGUUCCCAAUGCCCAGGAUGGCCUCGGAAGGGGUUUCUGUCAGGGAAGAGGCUGCUGGGUAGGGUUACUGGCAGGCGUGCUUUCUUUGGAGCUUGUCUUCAUGUUGUGCUGCUUUGGAAUCGGGUAUUCCUGGAACAGAAAACAGAGCACCUCUCCCACUUCACAAGACCAGCCUAAUACCUCAGCCAUGGAGAACUUGGCCUGUCAUCAUGCAUCUCCGUGCCAGUGUCCGUUGUCCUUACCAUAGGUGUAUUACCAGCUUGUAGCUGGAAGUAUGCUACAACCACUGCCUAGAACAGAUCCGUCUCUCCCUGAAGGGAAUGACCUAGCUGCCCAUCCAGGAUAGGAGGUGCAGCCCUCUAGCCAGGGAAUGGAUUAUUCGAAAAGUUAUAUUUACUUGUAAAAAUAUUAGAUGUUUAUUAAAAACCUUAUUAGAAAUAUAACAGGACAGUGAAUAAAGACAAUGUUACUGUGCCGGGAGUAGAGGAUUUUUCCC